CGCAAAAACAAGCGGAGAAAGCUAAAACGGUUUAAAGUUCCACCGCAAUGGCGUCGCGGCUCACAACCGCUGCAUCAGUUUGCAUUGGAAAACAUGGAAGCCCUUCUAUCAGAACCAGAUUUCAUGGCUCUGCUUCAAACCCUCUUCAUAAAUUCAUCUCAUACCCCACUGUGGCGGGAUUGAGAUACCCAAUUCGUGCAAUCCAUGGGGCCACGGCAGAAGCAGUGGCUCCCAAGAAAGCAGGUGAAGAAAAAUCAUAUCAAGAUUGGAAGAUUAAGAUGCUCUAUGAUGGGGAAUGCCCGCUUUGUAUGCGUGAGGUGAACAUGCUGAGGGAGAGGAAUAAGCAGUAUGGGGCUAUCAAAUUUGUUGACAUUAGUUCUGAUGAUUACUCCCCUGAGGAGAAUCAAGGCCUUGACUACAAAACUGUUAUGGGAAGAAUUCAUGCAAUCCAGUCAGAUGGAACUGUAGUCACGGAUGUUGAAGCAUUUAGAAGACUGUAUGAAGAAGUUGGUCUUGGAUGGGUUUACGCCAUUACCAAAUAUAAGCCAAUUGCAACAAUAGCUGAUGCUGUGUAUGGUGUUUGGGCUAAAUACCGUCUACAAAUUACAGGUCGGCCAGCUCUAGAAGAAGUUCUGGAAUUACGAAAGAAGAACAAGGUUGAAGUAUGCAGUGACAGCAAAACUUGUAAGAUGUGAACUUUACUGGCAGUCAGGGUUUUGAAUGGCAUAUUCUCUGGCCUGCAGCUUCUAUGGUUAUUUUCAUCUUCCAAAAUCAGCCUGUAUGUGCGAGCUCAUAUACAAAAGCAACUACUACAUGGUGCAUAGGACUCCUCUCUGAAGAUACUCUUUUCCACUUCAAGAACAGAUCAUGCUUGACAUUCUAUUUCCAAUUUUACCAUGCCUUCACUUUGUUACACAAGGAGAGACGACUAGUAUACAUAACCUUUUACUUAAUUUCAUUAAUCAAUUAAUCUUGUCAGUUUAUAUUGGCAUA